AGUCAAGAAACAUUUCCAGAAGAACCUGAAGCGACACCAGACCUUCCCCAAAACCCGCAGCUGGAGAGAGUUCUCCCCGCGCGCAGUCCGGGGCUCUUCCGACACCGACAACAACAUGGACAAAGUUUUCACAUGUGUGUUCACCGCGAUCGGUGUGCUGGUGUCGGCGCGAGCACAGGUGUAUAAAGGUGAUUGUGACUUCGAGAAACCUUUUUCAUCGUGCGGAUACACUCAAGGGCGCGACGAUGACCUUGACUGGGAGCAAUUUGACACCAGUGAAAAGCCUUCAUUAGAUCCGUGGAUGCCUCCUGGUUCAGCGUUUAUGAUGGUGAAUUCAUCGGGUCGUUUUGCCGGUCAGAAGGCUUUACUGUUCACGCCACAGCUCAAAGAAAACGACACACACUGCGUGAUAUUUCAGUAUUAUGUGGCGGGCAGAGAGGGCGGCACUCCAGGGCAUCUGAACAUUUACAUCAAAGAGAACAACAGUCCCAUGGGUUUACCUGUGUGGAACACCUCCGGACCCGUCAGCCAAAACUGGAACCACGUCGAGCUCGCCAUCAGCACCUACUGGCCAAACUUCUACCAGAUCGUCUUUGAAGUGGUGACCUCAGGCCAGCGCGGCUUACUGGCCAUCAAGGGUGUCGUCCUCCAGGGCCACCAGUGCAUGGAUACGCCACACUUCCUCCAUAUUAAAGGCGUGGAGGUGAACGCCGGCCAGACGGCAACAUUUCACUGUACCGUCAACGGAGAGUGGAGAGACAACUUUAAUCUCUGGCUGCAGGGAAUCAGUGGUCGUGAAGCCCCUAUGAAGGCGACUAAACCAUGGAAUAACCAGCGUUUCAUCGGCAUGUUUGAUGUGGUGAAUACGACCAAACAGGACUCUGGACGCUACAGGUGUAUCGUUCAUUCCAAUUGGGGUGUGGGAGUGUCAAACUACGGAGAACUGACGAUCAAACAACCGCCCGUUCCGAUCGCUCCACCUCAGCUGAUGGCGGUGGGGGCCACUUAUCUUUGGAUCCAGCUGAAUGCAAACUCCAUCAAUGGAGACGGUCCUAUCAUAAACCGCGAGGUGGAGUACCGUACAGUCUCUGGCACCAUGUACGACCUUCAGCCUGUCGAUAAAACCUCGCAUAAAAUCGGCCAUCUGGACCCGGACACAGAGUAUGAGAUCAGUGUGCUGUUGACCCGACCCCUGGAGGGGGGAACUGGGGCCCCGGGACCUCCCCUGAGGGCCCGAACCAAAUGUGCAGAGCCCAUGCACGGCCUGCGGCAGCUGAAAGUGGUGGACAUCAAAUCCCGUCAGGUUACAGUUCGCUGGGAGCCGUUCGGUUAUAACGUGACUCGUUGCCAUAACUUCAGUCUCACGGUGCAGUACCGGGCGAGAGGAGGCGGGAAAGAGGAGAGCAGGGAGGAGGUGUCUUAUGACACCCAGAGCUCCGCCCCUCAAUACACCAUCCAUAACCUGAUGCCCUUCACCAACCUGAGCGUCAGGCUGGUACUGCGCAACCGUGAGGGUGUAAAAGAAAGUCCCGAGAUUCACGUGCAGACGGACGAAGACGUGCCGGGUGAAGUUCCUCUGGAUUCUAUCCAGGCGAGUGUGUAUGAGGAGAAGAUCGUGCUGAAGUGGAGAGAACCGGCUCAGACGUUCGGCAUCAUCACUCAGUAUGAGAUCUCAUAUAAAGCAGUCAGCUCAUUCGAUCCGGUCCUGGAUCUCUCUAAUCAGAGUGGAAAAGUUGUUAAACUUGGGAAUGAAACCAGUCACGUGUUCCUUGGUCUUUAUCCCGGAUCCACAUACUCCUUCACCCUCAGAGCGAGCACGGCGAAGGGAUAUGGGCCGCCCGCCAUCACCCAAGCGACCACCAAGAUCUCAGCUCCAUCAAUGCCAGCGUACGAUCAGGAGACUCCUCUGAAUCAGACAGACAGCACCGUAACAGUUGUGUUGAAGCCGGCUCAGAGCAGAGGAGCACCUGUCAGUGUGUAUCAGGUGGUUGUGGAGGAGGAACGGCCGCGGCGAGCUCGUGGAGGUGAAGCGGAGAUCUUGCGUUGUUAUCCUCUGCCGGUUCACUAUCAGAACUCCAGCAGUCUGAACUCUCAGUACUAUUACACCGCUGAGUUCCCGUCCUCAGGCGUCCCCUCACCGCAACCCUUUACCAUCGGAGACAACAAGACCUACAGCGGAUACUGGAAUGCACCGCUGCUGCCGCACAAGAGCUACAGCAUCUACUAUCAGGCCGUCAGUACAGCUAAUGGGGAGACUAAAAUUGACUGUGUCCGUGUCGCAACCAAAGCUGCUAUCUUGGUGACUCAGCUCACCACUCCUUAUGUUCGCAUCGCUCCCGCCGCAGGAGACAACCAACUAAAAGGGGCGGCGACACACAAACCCAACGCAGUGGAGCCGGAGAAACAGACCGAUCACACGGUGAAGAUCGCAGGAGUCAUCGCUGGAAUACUGCUCUUCGUCAUCAUCUUGCUCGGUGUGGUGCUGCUCAUGAAGAAACGAAGAUCGUAUCAGUCCUACACUUACUACCUAAAACUGGCGAAGAAGCGAAAGGAAACGAUGAACAGCACGCGGCAGGAGAUGACGGUAAUGGUGAACUCGAUGGACAAGAGUUACACUGAACAGGGAACAAACUGUGAUGAAGCGCUCUCCUUCAUGGACACUCACAAUCUGAAUGGACGCUCCGGUUCCUCUCCGUGUUCUCUCACCAUGAAGACCAACACGCUGAGCACCAGCAUCCCAAACACAUAUUACCCAGACCCGUUUGUGCCCACCGCUAUCUUAGACGAAACCCAAACGUUGACCAGCGACACCAGCAGCCUCGUUCAGUCGCACACACACACACACUCCUCGCACACACACUCGCUGCGCAAACGCGAGGCCGUCGAUGUACCCUAUCAGACGGGACAGCUGCAUCCCGCCAUCCGCGUGGCCGACCUCCUGCAACACAUCACGCAGAUGAAAUGCGCCGAGGGCUACGGCUUUAAAGAAGAGUACGAGAGUUUUUUUGAGGGUCAGUCUGCGCCGUGGGACUCCGCCAAGAAGGAUGAGAAUCGAAUGAAGAAUCGCUAUGGAAACAUCAUCGCAUAUGAUCACUCGCGCGUGCGACUGCAGAAUCUGGACGGCGAGCAGAACUCUGAUUACAUUAAUGCAAAUUACGUUGAUGGCUAUCACAGGCCGAAUCACUACAUCGCUACACAAGGACCUAUGCAGGAAACCGUUGUUGACUUCUGGAGGAUGGUGUGGCAGGAGAACACGGCAACCAUCGUCAUGGUGACCAACCUGGUGGAAGUUGGCAGGGUGAAAUGUUGUAAGUACUGGCCAGACGACACCGAGAUCUACAGAGACAUAAAGGUGACGCUGAUCGAAACUCAACUUCUGUCAGAAUACGUCAUCAGAACGUUUGCAGUUGAGAAGCGAGGAGCCCACGAGAUUCGGGAGAUCAGCCAGUUUCAUUUCACCGGCUGGCCGGAUCAUGGCGUUCCAUAUCACGCUACUGGACUGCUGGGGUUCGUGCGCCGGGUGAAAGCCAAAUCACCUACGAACGCUGGGCCAAUCGUGGUUCACUGCAGCGCGGGUGCGGGGCGGACUGGCUGCUUCAUCGUGAUUGACAUCAUGUUGGACAUGGCCGAGCGAGAAGGUGUUGUUGACAUCUACAACUGUGUGAGAGAGCUGAGGUCGCGCCGGGUCAACAUGGUCCAGACAGAGGAGCAGUAUGUGUUUAUCCAUGAUGCCAUUUUGGAGGCGUGUCUCUGUGGUGACACCACCAUCCCAGCCAAUCAGCUUCGCUCUGUUUACUACGACAUGAACCGAUUGGACCCUCAGACCAACUCUAGUCCAAUCAAAGAGGAAUUCAGGACUUUAAACAUGGUAACACCGACUCUACGUGUGGAGGACUGCAGCAUCGCUCUUCUGCCGCGGAAUCAUGAGAAGAAUCGCUGUAUGGAUGUUCUUCCUCCCGACCGCUGUCUGCCGUUCCUCAUCACUAUAGAUGGAGAGAGCAGCAACUAUAUCAACGCCGCACUCAUGGAUAGCUACAAGCAGCCGUCUGCAUUCAUCGUUACCCAGCAUCCUCUGCCAAACACAGUGAAGGAUUUCUGGAGGCUGGUGUUGGAUUAUCACUGCACGUCUAUUGUCAUGCUGAACGAUGUUGACCCAGCUCAGUUGUGUCCGCAGUACUGGCCGGAGAACGGCGUUCAUCGUCAUGGUCCGCUGCAGGUGGAGUUUGUGUCCGCUGAUUUAGAAGAGGAUAUUAUCAGCAGGAUAUUCCGGAUUUACAACGCCGCACGGCCGCAGGAUGGGUAUCGUAUGGUGCAGCAGUUUCAGUUUUUGGGUUGGCCGAUGUACCGCGACACACCCGUGUCCAAACGCUCCUUCCUAAAACUCAUCCAUCAAGUGGACAAAUGGCAGGAAGAGUAUGAUGGAGGAGAGGGACGUACGGUCGUACACUGUCUUAACGGCGGGGGUCGCAGCGGGACGUUUUGUGCCAUCAGUAUCGUGAGCGAAAUGUUGCAUCAUCAGCGCUCUGUUGACGUGUUUAACGCCGUCAAAACUCUGCGGAACAACAAGCCAAACAUGGUGGAUUUACUGGAUCAGUACAAGUUCUGCUAUGAAGUGGCGCUGGAGUAUCUGAACUCGGGCUAACAGCACCGGACUUCAGUGUGUGUGAUUGUGUGAUUGUGUGAUUGUGUACAGUCGGCUUGUAAAUCUUUACGAAUAUAAAUUCAUUAUUUUGGGAUGCACCAAGACUGUGAAGAGCAAAUUAAACUCCGCCCACUGUUCUUAGGGAAACGUGAUGAUGUCACUUCCCCUCAAAUGUGGCUUCAAGUGCGUUCAAUGUGUUGACGUUGUUUGAAAGUGGUUUAUUGGCCAGUGUUGAUGUGUUGGCCAUUUCCAUCACAUUGAAGAAUCUCUGUGUUAUUUUGACGUGUGUGUAUUGACUUUAAUAUCAUAAACAUACGAAGAAACGAUGUAACAACCACGAUCCAAAGCUUUCAGUCUUUCUUUCUUUCUUUCUUUACUCUCUUUCCAUUCUGUUCAUGUUAUUGUUUGUACAUGUAUUUUUUUAUUAUUGUUUGUUUAUACUGUAAAUAUUUGAUGUCUCGUGUGAUAUUUAUUCAGGACAAUCAUGUGACUCUGAGUUCACUGUUGCCCCAAACGUUCUUGAGUUCAUCUUGUUUAAAGAGAAAUUAUUGUACAUGAUCAAAAAUACUGUAUCAACAAAUGCCUUGUUGUUUAUAACUCACAAAAAUGAUUAUUCAAACACACAUGCCACAAGGUAAAAAGGUUUGUAAUGGAACAAAACAACAAAU